GUAUUCAGAAGACUCUGACGGGAGAACUACAUUGGUCAGACAACGUUUGUUGAAACAUGACUGAAAAAGAUGAGCAAGAUAUCCAACUGGAUCCUACACUUGACACUAAACAGCCUCUUGUUGACUCCAACUCAAUUACGAACGCUGAGCAAAACAUGGAGAAAUGUGAUGUCGAAGAUAAUUCUACUCGAGAGAAAUGGAGCAGUAAAGCAGAAUUUAUGCUGUCUUCUCUUGGAUACUGCGUGGGGUUUGGAAAUAUCUGGCGCUUUCCUUAUCUUUGCUAUAAAAAUGGAGGAGCAUCAUUUCUCAUUCCAUAUUUCUUGAUGCUGGUGGUCAACGGUAUUCCAUUGUUCUUUCUCGAGCUCGCUAUUGGCCAGUGGUUCAGCUCGGGUGUUAUUGGGGUGUGGAAGUCAAUCUGCCCUCUGUUCAAAGGACUAGGGUAUGCAAUAUGUAUGGUAUCAUAUCUAUGCUGUAUCUACUACAUCGUCAUUCUCUCGUGGACUUUCUACUUCCUGUUUAUGUCAUUUACAUCAACUGUCCCAUGGAGCACCUGUGAUAAUUCAUGGAACACUGACUACUGCAGGACCGAAAGAAAAACAGGGGCUUUGAUCAAUUGUACGGAAGGUGGUAUCACUAUCCCUAAUUGUACCCACAAACCAACUUCACCAAGUGCUGAAUUCUGGAGCAACAAUGUCCUUGAGAUAACUGGAGCUAUAGAAGAUCUUGGUGACAUGCGUUGGCCAUUGUUUGGAACUCUUAUUCUGUCUUGGAUUGUGGUGUAUUUCUGUCUCUUUAAAGGCAUCAAAUCAUCAGGGAAGGUUGUUUAUUUUACUGCCACCUUUCCAUUCAUCGUACUGUUCAUUCUGAUGAUACGCGGUGCCACGCUGGAAGGUUCUUUGGAUGGUGUCAACUUUUAUCUUAACCCUGACUUUGAGAAACUAGCUGAUCCYCAGGUUUGGAUUUACGCUGCUACUCAAAUCUACUGGUCUCUUGGUGUUGGUUUUGGUACUCUGAUCACCUUUGGCAGCUACAACAAGUUUAACAACAAUGUUCAUAAGGAUGCCAUGAUUAUUUCAAUGACGAACUGCGGCACCAGUUUCUUCGCUGGUUUCGUUGUGUUCAGUGUYCUUGGGUUCAUGGCUUACACUCUGGAAUCAACAGUAGCAGAGGUUGCUACAUCUGGACCUGGACUGGCAUUUGUUGUCUACCCAGAAGCCAUUGCACAGAUGCCCAUCUCAACAUUAUGGKCCAUCUUGUUUUUCUUCAUGUUGAUUACACUGGGACUUGACAGUCAGUUUGCAACCAUCGAAGCUGUUAUUACUGGUAUUGUCGAUGAGUAUCCAUGGUUACGAGAGACCAAGUGGCGUAAACCUGGCUUUGUUGCUGUCCUGUGYAUAUCGAUGUUCUUUCUUGGUUUGCCUUGUGUUAUGCAGGGUGGUAUGUGGUGGUUUAAUCUCAUGGAUUACCAAACGGCCGGUCUAUCUUUACUGAUUGUAGCACUGCUUGAAAUAGUCACCAUUGGCUGGGUYUAUGGUGUUGAUCGAUUUUCWAGCGAUGUUGAACUCAUGACCGGUAGAAAACCAUUUUUGUGGUUUCGUAUUGCUUGGAAGUAUCUCUCGCCUAUAGUCACAAUCGCAAUCAUCAUGGCCAACAUUGUUCAAUGGGGAGGCGUGCAGUACAACAAAGUUAAAUAUCCAGACUGGGCCGAGUUCCUUGGUUGGUUGAUGUUUCUAUCAUCUGUUAUCUUUAUACCAGUAAUGGCCAUCCAUGAACUAUACAAUACACCUGGGACUUUAUUAGAGCGUGUAAAGCACUGCUUACAACCAAACCACGCAGCCAUUGCUAAGAUACAACGUGAAAGUACCAAAGGAACUACCCCUACGAUUUAUCUGUAAAGGCGUGUGGAUCACGACUUACCCAUCAAAUUUUGCUCGAUCAUUGAGCUCAUUGAUAUAUUUUAACAUUGUCGUAAUGUUAGACAAGUUUUAAUAGUGAUAUCCGUCAUGAUGCAAAAUACUCAUGAUAAACGUAUUACGUAAAGCUAAACUCGGGCGAUAGCAAUAACAGUCUCCUUAAGGGCGGAUCCAGGGAGGAGCAAAGGGGUGCUGUAGACCCCCUUUAAACAUUAAAAUUUUACCGCUUAAAUAUUUUAUAACAAAUAAAGCACAUUUAGGCCCCCUUUAAACCAUUUAGCCUCCCCACUUUUAAAUCUUUUUAAAAAUAUUUCAGCUGGAACCGCCCUUACUUUUGCAGGGUGAAGCAAAUGGCGGACUUASAUUUUACUAAAUUUUAAAUGGAGAAAAAGUAAUCCAAUAAUGCCAAACAAUUUGGUAGCUUAUACGAUAAAAUUGAAUUGAUAUCAUACAUAUAAAAUUUUAUUAAACAAAUUUUUUAUAACCGAUUGAAGAAUAAGAAAUUUAAAUUAAAGAUAAGGGUGCUAUUCAAUAUAAUGAAUAUCUUGAAUUAUGUUAUUAUAAGUAAKGUGGUCCAGCAAUAUUGGUACAGGGAUUUGGUAAAUAUAACAAGUAGAAUGAUGUUUGAAAAUACUAUUAAGUCUUACGUGAAAUUUGCACUUUGUUUUAUUUAUAUCUUAUGGCAAUACACAUUCUUACACUUAUAAAAAUAAAUAAAGAAACGUUGAAGGUUUGGACCGCUGUUGUCCCGAUAUUUA